GGACAAACUCCAAACGCAUCGAUUGCGCAUUGCAAGUACAGGAACACCCAGAAAUGGCCCAAAACACUGCUAUUCUAGCGAUUUGCUUCAUUAUGCUUAUGAUCGAAGAUGCUGGAGGCACGAAACCUGCGAAACCUGUUCUUGUCAUUCUACCGGAAGAAAGUUUCACCAAACUCAAAUGCGAAGGACAGGUUGUAUGGAAAUUUGAGAAUGAAAUAAUACGGGAUUAUCGGUGGGAUCUUAUCAUAAAUGGAAGCAUUAUAUAUAUCUACGUGCACUAUCCAACCGUGGGCUACUAUACUUGUGAACAUGCUAACAAGAUUAUCAAACGUUUUGGAGUGUUCACAAAACAAUACAGUAUUGGUGCGAGCAAGGACGAGCUUAUGUUUUAUCCUCACAAAGAGAGCUGUUUGCCACGAAAUAUGUCGAUUGCACAUCUGUGGAACAGUCGCGAGCAUUCCACAUCCCAAUUAGAAGUAAAAUAUACCUACUAUGGGCCCGAGAUGGCAUAUUGCCGUUUUUAUUCCUACAAGUUGAACAUGGAGAAGAAAAUAGAACUUCUUCCAUUUGGAACUCAAUUUUAUCACGCAACAAAACAACAGUUUCUUUUCUAUCCUAUGCUGAAACAUUCACAAUGGGUAAGCUUCGAAUGCAUCUGUAAGAAUGAUACGACGCUUGGAACAACUGGAAAGAUUUUCCAUUAUUUGGACUUUCAAGAAGAUGUGAAGAUUUCUCCCAACGCUUAUUUCGUUUCGAACGUUCUUUCGAGGAGUUUCGUUUUAUAUUUUGAACUUCCAAGAGAAGCCGUCAUCAAGCAGGAGCAAUUGAUUGGGUACCAGAUCACCGUCUAUAGAGAAGAUAUACUGAAAUCAACAAAGGUGUCAGACAUAUACAUUGACUUUCGCGAAAUAAGAAUGAUUUACGAAGAGUUUGCAGUACAUGUGAUUACUAAUCUUCAACCAGAAACUGCUUAUGCUGUCAGUGCACGUUUCGGCAAUAUUUUUGGCUAUGUCGGACCAUAUGGAAAGUUUGUUCGCGUACGCACCACUAAAUAUGAUGUAAAUCCGAUGGACAUCACAAGAGUUUCUCUUUCAAAAAUGGAACCCAACAAAGUUCGUUUGAAGUGGGAAGGAAAGGUUACGUCAGUAAAUGUCCAGCUUUUUCGCACUCAAAAGGAUAUUCGUUACCUCAAAGAUGUGAAGGACAAUGACAUAGAACUCGACUCACUCCAAGAAUCAACAUUCUACAAUUUGACUGUGGAAGCUCACAAGUCGUCAACGAUCUCUACGCCUAUAGUCAUUCACUUCAUGACACCGAGAAAAGCGGAAAGAUCCAAAGCUAAAGCGAAAGCUGCAGCUGUUGUAGAAGAACUGCAAAAGAGUGUAGAAGAAGGCGAACGACGGAUAGCAGAAAAAAUGGAGAGCUUGGAGCAAGUAAGACAAGAAUUGCCAAAGAAGCGAGCAGCACUCAACAAACGUGCUCGAGAAGUCGAGAAGAAAAGAACGCUCAUGAUUUCUCGGCAAGGCUUUCUGUUCAAAGCGUUCUUCAAAUGGAAAACAAUCCUCUUGGCUAUUUGUGCACUCCAGUUUGCCAUUAUUGCAGGGAUGCUGACUUUUACGCUCCUCCAAUAUUUCGCGUUGUAUAAGAUGAAGAGAAGAUGAUUUCGCACCAUGCAAGGAAGUCGCACGCACAUGAAUUUUUUUUGUUAACAUAUCAGCGUACAGGAC